UGCGGAAAUACACAUGUUAUACUCUGGUUGCCUUUACGCUGGUGGGUAGCAGAGGGGGGGAAAGCGACAAAAAAAAUCGAAGCAAAAAAAGAAUUAAGUGAGAGGUCAAAGGGGCUCCUUUGGAUAAAGUUUCUCCAGUGUCCCGACCAGAGAAAGCUCCGGGAGGUGACUGCAAGUCAAUUUCACCGAAAUAAUGGACGAUUCCCAUUUCAACUCAUCAUACUUUUGGUCUCCCGUCCCCACUGUACAAGGACAGAUCGAGAGCGCCAUGUUCCUGAACAAAACCAAGGAGCAACUCACCACAGAGAAGCCCAACGCUCUGUCAUUCCCUCACUCCUCCGCCCCCUCGCCCCACUACCCCACGGCCGUGCUUGCUGUCCCCGGCUCCGUGGACGCCGGACCCGGCCUGCGGGUGGUAACCAAACAGGAGGGCGGAGGCUCGGCUGCGGCGGGAGGGGGAGGAGCGUCCAUGAGCGGCGUCGGGGGACACGUGCACCAGUCGCACAAUUCUCAGAACGUCACUGUUGUGCCUGUCCCCUCCACGGGAAUCAUGACGGCGGCGGGCCUGGUCAUCACGACCCCACAAGGCACGCUGGUCCCUACUGCCUCCACCCAGUCUUUUGUGGCUGGACCUCAUUCCACCACCACCAUGAUCGUGUCUACUGUGCACCCCUCAAAUGCAGGUGAGUCUCGACUGGUAAAUAGGGCCAAUGGAAAUCCCGUCGCCGAUGCGCCGUCUUUGUUGUUUGCAGACAAGAAGAACGACAUAACGUCCCCACCUGCGGUUGUCAUGCCGACGGCCGGAAAGCGAGGCAGGAAGAGCAAACAGGUGGUGAGCAGAGCGAGUGCCGUCCUCCCUCCAGGAAGUGAUGCGUUAAUAUUAGCACACCUGGCAGCCACGGGACAGCAUCAUUCCGCCGACCCUUACGACCUGUCUAACGAUGAGGACGAGCAUUCCAACAAGGACGGCCCCAAAUCUUACAGGUGUCGGAUGUGCGCGGUGACGUUCUUCAGCAAGUCUGACAUGCAGAUCCACGCCAAGUCACACACCGAGGCCAAGCCCCACAAGUGCCCCCACUGCUCCAAGUCCUUUGCCAACUCCAGCUACCUGGCGCAGCACAUCCGCAUCCACAGCGGGGCCAAACCCUACAGCUGCACGUACUGCCAGAAAGCAUUCAGGCAGCUCAGCCACCUGCAGCAGCACACACGCAACCACACUGAGGCCAAGCCCCACAAGUGCCCCCACUGCUCCAAGUCCUUUGCCAACUCCAGCUACCUGGCGCAGCACAUCCGCAUCCACAGCGGGGCCAAACCCUACAGCUGCACCUACUGCCAGAAAGCAUUCAGGCAGCUCAGCCACCUGCAGCAGCACACACGGAUACACACUGGUGACCGGCCGUACAAGUGUAACCAUCCCGGAUGUGAGAAAGCUUUCACUCAACUGUCCAAUCUGCAGUCUCACCGUCGGCAGCACAACAAGGACAAGCCGUACAAGUGCCACAACUGCAACCGCGGCUACACGGACGCCGCCAGCCUGGAGGUGCACCUGUCCACGCACACCGUCAAACACGCCAAGCUCUUCUCCUGCGGCCUCUGUAACCGCUCCUACACCUCGGAGACGUACCUCAUGAAGCACAUGAGGAAGCACAACCCUGACACGCCGACGACGGCAGCCCAGCAGGCGCUGGGGCUGGGCUCGGCGGGUGGCGGCCGGGGGGGCCGGGGCCGCGGCAGAGGGCGAGGUCGAGGGGGCCCGCUACAAGGACAGGUCAACCCGAGCAACCAGAACCCCAACCCCUUGCCCCCCGGCAGCUACCAGCAGGCGGCGGAGGCGGUGAUCCCGUGUCCGUUUGACCUCCACCAGUACAAGACGGUGGCCGCCAGCGAGAUCCAGUACAAGCCCGUCACGGUGGCCGACCUUCCCGUGACCCACAAAGACCUCUGCCUCACCGUCUCCACAUCCGCCAUCCAAGUAGAGCACAUGAACUCGUAG